UUAAAUCAGAGCUCACACAUGGUCCGACUUUUUGCAUCUACAAAAACUAAACCUUGUCGGAUGAGAUUGGAGAAAGAGAUGUAAACCCAACCGAGCAGCUGAUACAAAAACACUCAAAUCUGAACCCUAAAGUGAUAAAUUUAGGGUUGCACUAUGAGCCCGAUUCUGUGAUUUAAUAUCAAAUAUCAAAACCAUUUUUAAAAUGUGUUUAACCUUGUUUUAAGUUCUUGAUUAAGGAUUAGUGUUUAGUUAAGUGAUGUCAGGAAAAGCUCCUAUUCCAACCCCCCGGACAUUACCCCGGGAGAAGGGAAACAAACAAACCCACCCCGGAACUAGUAAAUUGGAGAGAAGAGAUGUAAACUCUCGAAUCCUGAGUAGGACGGGAGAAGUUAAGGGUUGCAAACUGGACAGUACGGGGGAGGAGCAUAGAUUAUGCUGUAACCCUGCCUGGGCUAGCCAGGAGCAACGGUCAACCUGUCCUAAUCGGUCAGAAAGACCGGAAAUGUCUGGUUACGGGUCAGGAGAUGGAUUACAGGAAUAUAGCAGAUCCGGUUCCGCUCAAACCCAAACCUUCUCCGACUAUCUAAACGAACAUAAUGAAGAGAAGACAUCAGAUUAUUUUGAGGAUUUGGAGGGACCGGAUUUAAGUGCUCUAAUUUGCUCUGUAGAGCAGGAUAUUAUGCUCUUGGAGCAACUAGAGGUUCGAAGCUGUGAUAGAAGGGGAUCCCUUCCUCUUCCUCUUUCCUUCAUGUCGGCCGACCUUCUCUCCCUUCCCGGAUAUAGACCAGGGAAAGAUUCCAGAAAUUUUGGUUCACCUGCUUCCAGGGAUACUUCUCCUAGUUCUGAGACCAACUCCCGGCCCGCUUCUCCGCCCUAUUCGCCGUCUCCCCCUUCCUGGAGACCUGACGAGGCGGAGAACAAGGCAGUUGUAAAUCCUGGCUACGAUGCUCUUCUCUAUCGCAGACUUUACAACACUCCGCCGCCUCCACUACCGCCUAAAUCUGGACGGAGGCGGAGAAACUCAGAUUCCGCUGUGAGUGAUUGUUCUCCGCCAUCUCCGGAUACUCCUCUAUCUCCGGCGGAAUCCUACCUAGCGGGGCAGCUAGCCCAACAUACCGCUAGACCAAGACAAGUGUUUUGUCCUUUGUGCCUGGCAGCUGUUUAUAAUCCUGAUCAGCUUCACACUCAUCUCCUCGCCUCUCAUCCUCAGGAGCUUCAUCUGCUCCGAGUACAAGAGUUCUCAUCCUUCCAACCUGAAACCUGUCCUUGCUGCAAUGCUCAGUUUCUCAGAGUAAGUUUAUUCUUAAAUCUAAAUAGGUUCUCAGAAGAGCUCAGAUAG